GUGCGCGCUAGGGAGCGAGUUCGGCGGGCGCUCUGGAAGGUGCCGGGCAGUGGCCGCGGUCGUUUUUAUACCUUCCCGCGCGGGCGCUGCCAACGGAAGGCGGGGGGGGGCAGCGCGCGGUCAGGCCGGCGGAGGCACUGGUGGGAGCCCGCGCUGCGCUUCGUGGACGCCGCGCAGACCCUGCCGUCCGUGUAGAGAACCCUGCGGGUGUGGGGAGCCUCGCUCGCCCUCCCAGGGGCGCCCGGGCCCUGCCCCCGCCGCCCUCGCGGACGAAUUUGUGCUGGCUCCGCGGCCAUGAAGGUGAAGAUUAAGUGCUGGAACGGCGUGGCCACUUGGCUCUGGGUGGCCAACGACGAGAACUGUGGCAUCUGCCGGAUGGCCUUUAAUGGCUGCUGCCCGGACUGGCCAAGGGCAGUCCCAAGAGGAAAACAGGACAUUGGAGUACUAAAGAGUCCCUGUCCCAUGAAUGACCAGGCCUUUUGUGUGGGGUCAGGCAAGGUGCCGGGCGACGACUGCCCCUUGGUGUGGGGCCAGUGCUCACACUGUUUCCACAUGCACUGCAUCCUCAAGUGGCUGAACGCGCAGCAGGUGCAGCAGCACUGCCCCAUGUGCCGCCAGGAGUGGAAGUUCAAGGAGUGACCCCCCUGUCCCUGCCCGGGGCUGGCCGGCUGCGCGCUUCUCUGGCAACAGCCCCCUCCGGGCCGCGACACGCCCGACCCGACUCAACUGGAGCCGCGUUUGUUUUCCUUCAAAUGGUGACACUUUUAUCCAAUAAGCAAAACUCAUUAAAUUACCUGAACCUUG